AUGAGCAAUAUUCGCCAACCAAAUGAUCUAUAAUUUAUUAAGAGAAAGUCACCUUAUAUAUUACAGGAAAUACCAUAAAAGCUCGUCAAAAUAUCAAUGAUGUCUCAAACUUAAUUUAAAGACUUUCUUGAAUCUUUAUCGCUCAAUUUCACUCAACUUAGUCAUAAUCUAUAACAAAUGCUCACUCUAUAUAAUGUUCAAAUAUUUCAUGAAAAUGAUGAUGAUUAGCUCUUGACUGACAGCGAUACUGAUACAUUCACCAAAUUCUAGAGAGACUGGCUCAUUAAAACCAUCUGUAAAGUUGGAAUCAAUCAUCAAUUCUGGCCUGAAAUUGCAUAAGUCUUAAACAAAUCUCUUUAAGAAGUCAAAGCCUUUUGGAUUAAUCUGCAAGAUAAUUGGACCAACGAUUUAGACAACAAGUUGACCCACUUUCGAAAUUAGUAGCUAAAUUGGCUAGAAAUAGCUUUAAGACUCGACAAGAACAAAAUGAACUGCAAACAUAGAUGGAAUAAUGUACUGGAUCCUAAUUUAUGCAAAAGUCCUUUCACCAUUCAAGAUGACAUUCUAUUACUCCAAAAAGCCAUUUAAUUAAGUUUUGAUUGGAAGAAAAUAUCAAAGAUUAUAUAACCAAAAAGGAGUCAAACAGAUCUAAUUUCUAGAUUUAUCAUAUUAUAAUCACAAUACAACAAUAUUGAUAAUCUCAUCCAAAGAGUUCAAUUUACGAUUGCUCAACUCCCUAAAUACGAUAAAAAUUCCAUGCGGAUUCUGCCUCAAAAAUAAUCAAAGAAGAUCUAGAAGACUGUUGUAGAAUAUGAAACACUCUCUAUUCUAGAUCUUAAUUUACUUGACGCUAUGUCAUUAUAAUUUUGUUUAGUAAAGCAGGAUUAAAUAUUCUUCGUUACUCUUGAAUACAUGCAAUAGUUAGUUAAUUUGAAGUUAAAUUAAAGAAAACUCUUAUAAUUUAUCAAAUGA